GCCCCGGGCCUGGGGCGGAGCAAGAGGUGUUGAGCUGCGGGAUCCCGGGCCGGGCUGGCGGGAUGGAGGCCACCUUGGAGCAGCACUUGGAGGAUACAAUGAAGAAUCCAUCCAUUGUUGGAGUCCUGUGCACAGAUUCACAAGGACUUAAUCUGGGCUGCCGUGGGACCCUGUCAGAUGAGCAUGCCGGGGUGAUAUCCGUUCUAGCCCAGCAAGCAGCUAAGCUGACCUCAGACCCCACUGAUAUCCCUGUGGUGUGUCUAGAAUCAGAUAAUGGGAACAUCAUGAUCCAGAAACAUGACGGCAUCACGGUGGCGGUGCACAAGAUGGCCUCCUGAUGGCUCAUGGCGGUUCUCCAGCAGCCUGUCGUCGGGGCUCGAUCCCGCCUGUGUGAAUUAUCUUAGACAACUACACCAGUCCCAAUAGUCAGGCCAUUUAUUUCGUGUGCAUUGGGCACUUUUCUCUUAAUUUUAGAGUAAGCUACUUUUGGACACUCAAUGGACUGACUUAUCCAAAUAUUAGUAAGAAAGGAUCAUGUUUUGAAGCAGCAGGUCCCAGUCACUUUGUACAUAGAAUUUUCUUACAUUCAAUAAAUCUGGUCAGAGGAAA